GCCGCGCCCUGUGAACGACAGCGUCACAUCGCAUCAGUUUGCGGCAUCCUACAGCGAUAUUAGAUAACGAAAACGCGGUGAAGCUCCUCCAUGGCAUCUGAUUGCUUCUGCCUUCCUUCCAUCAGCAAUGGCGCCCCCUUUUUUGCGUGCCUCGUGGAUGAAGCCGGUCCCCAUCGACCCAAUGAUGCAUUACCGGCGGAACCGGUCCGCCCACUUAAGCGGAGAAAAAGCGGACGCCCCUGCGUGACUCGAUUCUCCCUCUCAGUUUCGCCAUCAGUUCGCCUGCAUUGUGGAUUUCUCUCUCAAUCGUCUACCUUGCUACACUGACUUUCGUGUGGAUUGUGUGCAUACCCUCACUUGCCUUUCAUAUUCACCAAGUUCACU